CAAACAGACAGGUCACCUGUUCUAGAGAGGACUUCUCUUCUUCUAUUCUGACGUUCCGUCCGGUCACCGGCGCCGUCAAAACCCUUCCUUUUUUGCUUCUUCAUUCAAUACCUUGUGUAAUUUAGCCUAACAUGGUUACAGCGGCGGCGGCGGCGGCGGCAACUGGAGCAGCUGCUUCAGCCUUUUGUCCUCUCUACACUCCUCAACGCUUAUUUUUUACUACAAAAUCCUUCCAGGUUCAGUAUUCCCUCAGAGCGAUUCCGAGUAGAGGAUUUUCAUUUUCUCUUGUGGAAUCGAAGAUUCCUGUUAUAAUUACGGAUGGCAGGAGACGCCCUUUUGCUCUGAAGGCUUCGUCGCAGGACUUUGCUUCCGAUAGCAAUGAGGAAGAUGAGGGUUCUGCAGACGAGCUUGGCUCAUCUGACAAGGAUACAGAGGAAUCUAGUCCUUCCAAUCUACAGUUGGCAUUGUCAGCUUACAAGGAAGCUAUUGUAAAUGGAGAUGUGAAGACGAUUUCUGAUGUUGAAGCUAUCAUAUAUGGGACUGAAAAGGAAAAAAAUGAGUUGCUGGAAAAGGUUUCCGCUUUGUCAGAUGAAAUUAGUUCUCUGAAGGACAGAUACAUACGCUUACAGGCUGAUUUUGACAACUAUCGGAAAAGGUCGGAGAAUGAGAAACUAAAUAUACGGAGUGAUGCUCAGGGUGAAGUGAUUGAGAGUCUUUUGCCGAUGGUUGAUAAUUUCGAGCGAGCCAAACAGCAUCUUAAACUAGAGACUGAACAAGAAAAGAAUAUUGAUGCUAGUUAUCAGGGUAUAUACAAGCAGUUUGUGGAAAUAAUGAAGAGCUUGAAAGUCUCAGCUGUACCAACUGUUGGGAGUCAGUUUGAUCCUUCGGUAAGCUCAACCCCUCAUUCCCUUGAGUUUUUAGUUACUAGGGCACUUUAACGUUGAUUCUUCCUUUCUUCCUUUCUUCAGAAUCUUUUAACAACUAAGUGGGGUAGGCUAUAAGAAUUCAUAUCGUGUCCAUAAUAUUUUGUUUCUAUUGAAGAUGGCAUAAGAUUCAACUUUCACAGAUAAAUUGAAUAUGUCAGAUUGAAUUUACAUUUUGAUGGAACUUAUCUUACCGAUAAAUAUCAUUUAAUAAUGUGAGAUUCUCUCAUUUUUAUUUGAUGGUUUAGACUCAAAGCUGCACAUCGCCUAGGAAAGAAGGGACAUUAUUAGUCGCCAACAUAUUCUUUACAAUAGGCAACAACACAGCUACUUUUUUCGUUUUGAAUGACUUAACCCUUGAAUGUUUUUACCCAUGUCCUUGUUUUCUACUCAAGGCUCAUAGAGGUUAUCAUGAUGUGGCAUCAAGAGAUAAACCUGCUAAAUGUUGCAUCAGUUUGGAUUUGUGCUCAAGCAGAGAAUUAUUUUGUUUGCUUUGAGAGGAUCUUUCGAUGCUGAUGGUUACUUUCAGUAGUAUAUCUAAUUCGACUUCCAGCUUCAAUCCUCAAGCUCUUUAUUUUAACCCAGAUUGCUGUUAAUUGAAAAUCCAUUGUUGUUGCAUGGCUGCUAGAUUGGUCGACUAGUGGAUUCUCAUCUCUCUUUCCGUCUUUCCUGUAACUCGAUUUCGUUGCCUUUCAUUUUUGUAUAUCUUGAUACACAAGCGAAAUUUGGAAAUUUUGGUUCUUUCUGCUGGCAAGUUUUUUAAGUGCUAUGUCAAACAUGAGAAUAAGAUUAGCUUUGGAAAUUUUCUGUGGUUGGGCCGCUUUUUAUUAUGUGAAGGAUCAGAACUCACGCCUAACAUGGCACUAUUGAGGGGAGGCUCUCUGCUGGUCCAGCCUAUUUUAGGGUCUUUGUUGUUCAUUUUACUCGUUAUCUCUUGUCAUCUUCCUAUCCUUUUUUGCUCUUACUUCACGGUAACAAUCUCUUGUACCUUUUUCAAUAGUGCAAAGCCUGCCCCUUAUUGUCUUCCAUUUCCCCUCCCACCCUCGGCUCCAUAUUAAAUCAUAUUCUUCCUUUCUCCAUAUAGUGUGACGCUUGGUUUUGAAUAAUAUGAAGCUUUGUAUUGUAUUUCUCAUUGAUAAAGCACUUGUUUUCAUAUUUUUCUAUUUUGUAUGAUGUGAAGGUUUCCAUUUUAGUUUCUGGUCCUGUGAAGGUUUCGAAUUUAUUUUCUGUGUUCAUUAAAUGAGAUAGAAGUCCUUAUGGAAAAAUUUGUCUUUUUUGCUACCCAUUCCAAAAAGCUAGUGUUUCUGUUUAUGCUGUCACAACUAUUUGGGAUUACAAAUUAGAUAGGAUACGUUACUGGGGAAGCAGAUUAUUAAUUGAUCUUCUUGCUUGAACUUAUUGGAAUUUCAUGAUUUCGUUGCAGCCUUGGAAUGAAAGAAUUGAUAGGAAGACUAGAUACACAAGCAAUUUCCAUAUCAUCAGGUGUAAAUUUGGAAAAUUUCAUGAAGUCAUUUAUAGUACAUUUUCACCAAUACCUGGUCUGCAUGUCUAACAGCAGACCUCAUAACCAACAUGGUGUGAUAACCAUCUGCAUUUUAUCAAUGAAUACAAAAGAGAUUCUAAGCUAUAUGGGAUGCCUUGGUUUCUGAUACAUGAAGCUAAUUUGCCUUAGUCGGAUUAUCGCAAACGUGAAGAUGAACAUCGUGUUCUCUGGUUGUUUAACUUGUUGCCUUGUUUUCAUGAUUCAGAUACAUGAAGCUAUUGCUCGAGAAGAGUCUGAAGAGUUUGAUGAGGGCGUUAUAAUUCAAGAAUUCCGGCGUGGUUUUACUCUCCAAGACCGACUUUUAAGGCCAGCUAUGGUUAAAGUUUCCGCAGGUCCUGGUCCAAGGAAAGCUUCUUCUUCGGAGAAAGAUGAAUCAUCAUCAGAAGAGCAACCUAAAAAUGUUGAAGUUGAUGAAAGAGCAUUCAGUGAACAAUCAACUGGAUAAAUUAUCAGGAAAAAGAAAAGGCCAAAAGAACAUUUGGGAUAAAAUCGAAUCAUCCUUCGUCUCGGCCCCUGUAAUCCUCCUUUCUUUCUGAAGCUACUGGAAUCUAUUUGGAUGACUGGCGUUUUUGUCGAAUGAUACUUUAUAGAACAGAAAGUUUUGGCUCUAUUUUGGGUCUGAGAUUUUUACCAAAAAAAUUAAUAGCUUUGGUGACUUAGAAAUAGAACCAAAGUGAUUAAAAUUUAUUCCUCGUUAAACCGAAUAUAUCUUUUAAGAAUUUUUCCCAAAUGUGCUAACAGAAAGUAAGAAGAUCCGAGAAUAUUCUCGAUAUAUUUUAAGAAU